UGUACCAGUUUCGUUAGAGGCGUGAGCUGCAGCCUCAGGAAUAGCAGCCCGUGCUUAUUCUAUAAUUUGUACACUUAAGCCAGUUAUGAAAAUGUUUUUAUUUUAGCUUGCAGUAAGCAUAACCCGCAAGUUUGCGAUGUUAGUUAGCUAACACCAUGCUUUUCUUAUUUCAGUUUUACGAUGGUAAAGGAGAAGGCACCGGUCAGAGGCCAUUGUUAAGUCAAUCAGCAAAAAGGAAAGAGAAGUUUAUUUAUUGGAGCCUCGUCUUGUCGCUGUCUGUGCCGGUGAAAACAUAGAGGGAGGACAGCACACGUGCUACACUGGGGGAGAUCUGCAUUUGCCUCUGUUGGGGUUACACUUAAAUUGGGAUGUGUGUCAUCUAAAACUGCACUCAGAGUUGGACCGCUAAUCCUCCAAGUGAAGAGCGGAAAAGCCCCACGGAGUGCAUCAAGCACAAAGGAUUAGAGACAGCCCAACCCAAAAAGGCUUACCUUGUGAGUCUCAUACCAGAGUAAAUUGCAUCCAUCAGCGUGUCAGCAGAGCUGGACUCCUGCCUAACCAUCAGUCCUUCUCACAGAUGGUGAAGACGCUGAAGUCAAGCUGGUUGUGAAGGUGUUUGACCUGCUUCCCCCUGCGCCCCGAGCCGAAACCAUCAUGGCAGCGGGAGUAGCGGCAUGGCUUCCGUUUGCUCGGGCAGCGGCGAUCGGCUGGAUGCCUGUGGCCAACUUGCCCAUGCCGAUCGCCCCCACCGAAAAGAACAACAGGCAGGACGAGCUCAUAGUCCUUAAUGUCAGUGGACGGCGCUUCCAGACCUGGAGGAACACCCUGGACCGCUAUCCGGACACGCUGCUCGGCAGCUCGGAGAAGGAGUUCUUCUACAACGAGGAUACCAAAGAGUACUUCUUUGACCGUGACCCAGAUGUGUUCCGCAGUGUGCUUAACUUCUACCGCACUGGCAAGCUCCACUAUCCACGAUAUGAGUGCAUCUCCUCUUAUGAUGAUGAGCUAGCGUUCUUUGGCAUUAUCCCAGAGAUCAUUGGGGACUGCUGCUAUGAAGAGUACAAGGACAGGAAGAGAGAGAAUGCAGAACGCCUCAUGGACGACCAGGAGGACAACAAAGAUGCCAAGCUGCCCAACAUGACAUUCAGGGAAACCAUGUGGCGUGCAUUUGAGAACCCUCACACUUCCACGAUGGCUCUGGUCUUCUACUAUGUCACUGGUUUCUUCAUUGCUAUUUCUGUCAUCACCAACGUGGUAGAGACAGUGCCCUGCGGCUCAGCGCCCAACAUGAAGGAAGUGCCAUGUGGCGAGCGCUACACUGUGGCCUUUUUCUGCAUGGACACUGCCUGCGUGAUGAUAUUCACGGUGGAGUACCUGAUGCGCCUGUUCGCUGCGCCCAACCGCUACCGCUUCAUGAGAUCUGUCAUGAGCAUCAUUGAUGUGGUGGCCAUCCUGCCAUAUUACAUCGGGCUGGUGAUGACUGACAAUGAAGACGUGAGCGGGGCUUUCGUGACGCUGCGGGUUUUCCGGGUGUUCCGUAUCUUUAAGUUCUCCCGUCACUCGCAGGGCCUGCGUAUCCUGGGCUACACGCUGAAGAGCUGUGCCUCGGAGCUGGGGUUCCUGCUCUUCUCCCUCACCAUGGCCAUAAUUAUCUUUGCCACUGUCAUGUUCUACGCAGAGAAGGGUUCAACCUCCAGCAAAUUCACCAGCAUCCCAGCCUCCUUUUGGUACACCAUCGUUACUAUGACAACGCUGGGAUAUGGCGACAUGGUCCCAAAGACGAUUGCAGGAAAGAUCUUCGGCUCAAUCUGCUCUCUGAGUGGGGUGCUGGUAAUUGCCCUUCCUGUUCCUGUCAUCGUGUCCAACUUUAGCCGCAUCUAUCACCAGAAUCAGAGAGCAGACAAGCGGCGGGCGCAGAAGGAUCAGAAAGCUCGCCUUGCCAGGAUACGACUAUCAAAAACAGGAAACUCGAGUGCCUUCCUCCACAGCAAGCGCAACGGCCUGUUCAACGAAGCUCUCGAGCUGACGCAACUUCCAUACAAGAUGAACCUUUCAGAUCAGGGUUCCACUGAGGAUGAGAAGCGUUUGAGCAAAUCUACCUCUCUAAUAGAGAGCCAGCACCACCAUCUGCUGCACUGUCUGGAGAAAACCACAAACCACGAGUUUGUGGAUGAGCAGUAUUAUCAGCAGAGUUACCUGGAAGCGGGGCUGCAGAACUAUUCGACUCGAAGCCCUUCGUUGUCCAGCCAAGAUGGUGUGACGGGGACGUGCUGCACCCGGAGAAGCAAGAAGCAACACCACACCCCUUUACCGAACGCCAGCGCUCCAGCACACAUGCAGCCUUUGAAACACACACACACACAUCCACAAGGCUUCCAGGAGCUCAGCACCAUCCACAUCCAGCGCCUAAGUACCAGCCGCUCCAGUUUAAACAUGCACGUAGAAGAGCCGGCUCCUCUGAACUGCCAGAGCAGCCAGAUCACAACAGCGAUCAUCAGCAUUCCCACACCGCCAGUGACGACUCCGGAAGGCGAUGCUCACCUGCCCACCGCUCCCACCCUGCAAAAUGUGGUGAAGGUGUCUGCUCUGUGAAGACUAGACUGCAGCAGCGCCGCACAAACAGACAGAGAAAGACUCACAGAAACAAACCGAGAAGGACUAACUGUGGUGGAAAGGGCUUUCAGAGACGUAUUCUGGCCCUGGUGGAGCCUUCCCCCUGCUGGUGAUGUGUUGCAUUGGCACGGACUCCCUGUACACAUAGAGGAUGGACUUCUGGCGCAGUAUCUUCAUGUUAGUGGUCGGCAGACAUGUGUUCGUAUGUGAAUGUGUGAGUAAAAGAACAAGACAGAUGGAUAGGGAAUCAUUUAGGAGGAGGACUGUGUGCCUCUAAGUGUCAGAGGUAAGUUCCCAGAGUUAGUUGUGUGUCACUGUGCACAAAAGCACCUUUUUAUAAUUUAUGCUUGAGUUUAAGGCAGGAAGUACAGGAGGGGGAAUGAGGACAAGUCAAAGAAAAAGGGAAAUAAAAAAACAAAACAAAACAAAAAAAAAAUUCCCCCCCUCUGAUUAAUGCCUUUGAAAUAGAGUACUGCCCGUUUCAGCCAUUUUGGUCUACAAACCUCCUUUUCAGGUCAAACAUUAUUCCACUUUAGAGUAAUUUCUUAAAAACCCAAAAAGCAGUAGGUGUCCGUGUGAUCGCAUUACCAGUGAUUGUGAAUGAGUGUUUGUAACUUUAAGAUAGAUUGUAAGUUGUUCUGUUUCUGAAAGGAGGUGUGUCUGCGUGUGUUUGUCUCGGUUGAGUGAAAACUUGUAUUUCAGUUCAUCUGGAAGUAUCUAUGGCUCAGUAUAUGAUAUAUAUAACUAGCUGCCAUUUCGAAGGGUUCUUUGCACAUAUUUCUGUCAAAAAUUCUCAGCACCAAGGAUUUCACUCAGUUUGUGCAUAGUUUGCAGCACUAAAUAUAGUUUUUUUUUUAAUUAUUACUUGAAUCACUACCUAUUUGUUUUGGCUCCAGAAGCCCAAAUGGCCUCAAGAAACACAAUUUAUUUUGCAAACAAAGCAAAAAAAACUUACUUUAAAUCCAAAUCUACACAAUGAAAAGCACAAAACAUUUGCUGAGAAUUUGCUGACAAAAAUCUGCCCUGAGCCUGUGAUCUUUGUGAAUAUUGUUAAUAGAAUAUUUUGUAAUAUUUGACCAUCGUUUGGCAGAAGCAGUGAGUCUGUCCUCUUGUUCUUGCUCUCCUCUCUACAUCCUUCUCUCUCUUGUUGUUGUCCUGUUGUAUCCCUGACAUGUGUGUGAACAACAGUAUGCUUUCAGUAGGUUUUAUAGCCGUCCACAUUUUUUUCUUCUUCCCUAAACUCAGCGAGCAUUUUUCAGAGUUGUUGAAUAUAUGUACGUAUUCUGUGUGGUUAGCAAACUUGGUGUUUGUACUUUUUGUCCUCCUCGAUGUUUCAAAGGAUUUCUUUUUCACUUUAUCUUCUGGAGACUUUAAGGUAGGCAAAUCUAUUGUAAAAAUGACCACAGGGACAUAAAAAAAAAAUACUAGAUGAACCAUCUUUUGGCCUUGUUCCAUACUGAAUGUAAUUUGUAGGUUUCAGCAACGUUACAAACAGUCAGUUGUGUCUUCAAAUCAAUGAGACCACUGUCAGGAGUUCAUUACAACAGGGAACACCAGCUAGAGUUGCAGCAGACUAACUGCCCACCUCUGUAGGCUAAAGGCUCAUAUCAUAUUUAGACUUUUCCUUUUCAGUUUUGUUUAUACUUGUAGCUGCUGCUGAUUCUGUCAGAGAUCUUUGUUGAUCUUCACUUGAAGCCAAGAUCUCAGUUGUUUCAUUAGCCUUGGGGGGGAAAACAUCUUUAAACAGAGAAACUGUUUUUGGUGUGUGAUUAGAAAAUAGCCCUCUUUACAUAUUUACCUGAGCAAGUUUUACCCGCUUUUCUCGCAAAGCAACAAACAGCGCUCACUCUUACAUUUGACACAUAUAAAAUGUGGGGGGGUUUUUUGUCAAGAAAGAAGUUGUUUUCUGAGGUUCCAGGUGAAACAUUAUUGUCCAAAAUGAGCCACAUCUUUUAGAGAGGUGUGGCUCCAAAGGUUAAUCUGUGCUAAAAGGUUUGCUUUGAAAUGUCUUCGACUUCGUUUAAAGAGCUGGUAAAAAAAAAAAAAAAAAAAAGAAAGAAAAAAAAAACUGAUUGUGAUUUUAUGUUUCAGAUUUUCAGGUUUUCUGACCUUUCAAUAUGGUGAUUAAGAGCACAUACACUAAGCAACAGAUUCAUGUCUGACAUUUUAAAAGCAAUACUAGAACUGGUGGAAUACCUGCACUCCUGUAUAUUGUUUUUAUUUCUGCAGAAGUUAAGUCUUUAAUAACACCAAGUGUCGUAUUAGAACAUUAUUUUUUGAAACAUUAGGUCAACUUGUUUCUUCUGCUGUACAUCAGUUCUAACUCCUCCUGAGAUUAGUAACAACCCAAAAAAGCUAAAUUAUUCUACAAAAUUGCACCAAAAUGUGUUUUAUUUCUGGUGCUUAUUGAUAUUAACCUUGGCCUUAGAUUGGUAACUUAGGGCACAAAGAUAACUGUCUAAAUCCACUAUUUGCAUUUAGCCAAAAUGGCCAUAUUAAAAAUUACAAGCAAAGACACAAAGCAUUUUUUGUUAUAUUUAAAAACAAAAUGGAAUCAAGAAAUUGACUUUACAUUAAGAAGGUUAGAAUCUGCUGGAAUCGAGCAGAACAGGUGAGGCAGAAGCAAAACUCCCUGUUUUUGCUGCUGGGGAGAUUUUUUUAAAACUUGAUUCAUUUCCUGCUGCUUGUUAUCAGAACAGAUUAUUUUAUGCCAGCUCUACUUUCAAUUGACACCGGCUGACAUUCCAUGUAAGCAUAUGAUACACUGGAAAUGUCAAAGGGUUACAUCUUUAUUUACAAGCAACAAAGGUAGGUUCGUGGUUGUGUCUGUCUCUGUUACGUACUCUUCUCUCUCUCUCCCUUUACUCUUUGCUUUGCCCUCCUAUGCCACCUGUUGUUGUUGAGACUACUGCUGUGCGUAACUUGUCAUGUGUUGGAUAUUAUUUAUGACCUUGUCUUGUGUCCCAACUGUGAAACGCCUGAUAAAACAUCUAUAUCUGCCACAAAAA